UUUGAGAGUGGCGGCGGCCGCGGAGCGACGGGAGAGCCGGGCCGUGGUGGGGGACGUAGAGCGCGCGUCUGGCGAGUGGCAACCCGACUAGCCACAUCGCCGCGCCCAGCCGCGUGUGCGGGGGCGGAGGGCGGGGCUCGAGACCUGCGGCGGCCGGAGAUGCGGGCGGCUGCAGGCACGCGGCUGGCUCGGCUCGGCCGCCGCCGCCGCCUUCUCGGGCCCCGGCGCGGGGGUCGCCUUGGCUGCUGCGCCGUCCUUGAGCUCCUAGCGUGAGGAGCGGUCGGAGACGAGCACCGCGCUCAAGGCCGAGAAGGCUUCCCGCGUACGGCCUGCCGCCUUCCUCGCUUACUGUACAGCUGUGGCAAGCUUUUCCUCCGAAAAGCAUUUGGAAACAUCUUUUGGGCGAGGAAUAUUUUAACAGGCGUCCGCAGGAAAUAAGGGGAUUUUGUUGGGUGAAGUCAGAAGACACAGUUGGCUUUUUCUCGAGCUGUUGCAAUUUGAAGGCCCCUUGCUAUGGACAGUGCCAUCACUCUGUGGCAGUUCCUUCUCCAGCUCCUGCAGGAGCCUCAGAAUGAGCACAUGAUCUGCUGGACGUCUAACAAUGGCGAGUUCAAGCUUCUGCAGGCCGAGGAGGUGGCGCGUCUGUGGGGCAUUCGCAAGAACAAGCCCAAUAUGAAUUAUGACAAGCUCAGCAGAGCCCUGAGAUACUACUAUGUAAAGAACAUCAUUAAAAAAGUGAAUGGUCAGAAGUUUGUGUACAAGUUUGUCUCUUAUCCGGAGAUUUUGAAAAUGGAUCCUCUGACAGUAGGCAGGCUCGAGGGAGACUGUGAAACUCUAAAUUCCAUUGAGGCCUGCGGUUCCAAAGAUGCUGAGAGCGGAGGAAAGGAGCGGGCACCUCAGCCUGCAGCCAAGACAUCUAGUCGCAAUGACUACAUACACUCUGGUUUGUAUUCUUCAUUUACUCUCAACUCUCUGAACACCUCCAACAAGAAGCUUUUCAAGUCAAUAAAGAUAGAGAAUCCAGCUGAAAAACUGGCAGAGAAGAAAACUCAGGAGCCAACACCAUCUGUCAUCAAAUUUGUAACAACACCUGCCAAAAAGCCACCCAUCGAACCUGUUGCCCUUACCUUUUCUACAAGCCCGAGUAUUUCUCCGUCUUCUGAAGAAACCAUCCAAGCUUUGGAGACACUGGUUUCUCCCACACUACCCUCUCUGGAAGCCCCGGCCUCUGCAUCCAUUCUGGCUACUGCCUUUAACCCCGCUUCUCCAGUUCCCUCCGCACCCCUCCCUCCAAAGGAGCCUCCUAGGACGCCUUCUCCACCAUUGAGUUCUAACCCAGACAUCGACACAGACAUUGACUCAGUGGCUUCUCAGCCAAUGGAACUUCCAGAGAGCGUGUCACUGGAGCCUAAAAAUGAGGAUUCAGCUUUGCCAGAAAAGGACAAAACAAAUAACUCCUCAAGAUCCAAGAAGCCCAAAGGGUUAGAACUGACGCCCGCCCUUGUGGUCACAGGCAGUGACCCCAGCCCCCUGGGGAUCUUAAGCCCAUCUCUCCCAACAGCGUCUCUUACACCAGCACUUUUUUCACAGACACCCAUCUUGCUGACUCCGAGCCCGUUGCUCUCCAGUAUCCACUUUUGGAGUACUCUCAGCCCAUUUGCUCCCCUGAGCCCAGCCAGACUGCAAGGUGCUAAUACGCUUUUCCAGUUUCCUUCCGUGCUGAACAGUCAUGGACCAUUCACUCUGUCUAGCCUGGAUGGACCUUCCACUCCUGGCCCAUUUUCUCCAGACCUACAGAAGACAUAACCCAUGCAGUUGUGGACUACAAGACCAAGAACUAAGAAACAGAUGUCCAACAUGGUUUGGUUUGAAACGCGGGCUAGCUCUGCAGUGCUCAUACAGACUGUUGUAAUUUUCCCAUUGCCCGCUGAAAGCCUUUCAGGAUUCUCCUAAGUUGGACUGUAUAAAAAUGCCUUAAUUGGAGUCCAGACUCCACCUCACAUCUUUUUUAAAAGAUGUUUUUGUUGUUGUUAUUGCUGUUUUUUGUUUAUUUUCUUAAGCUUUGUGCAAAAAAAACAUUGGUCUGUUGGGUUUAGCAGCUGUGUUUGCAAGAAAGUUCCAGAACAAAGUUACUGGUCCUAGAUGUUAGGACUCUUUGGCCAGGGGGGAAACGUAUGCUUAGAAUCUGUUAUUUAAAAAAAAAAAAAAAAAAUUUGUUAGCUGUGUAUGAUGGCCCACCUCUGUGAUCCCAGCACUUGGGAAGCUGAGGCAGGAGAACACCAAGGGUUGAC